ACAAAUUUCCCGCGGCGAGCGGAGCGUUGCGUAGCGGCAGCGCGUGUGGCGCACACACAGCGCGCGAUGCGGCACCGGCGGCGGCGGCGCUAAUACAAAUUGCUCGGUGAAGAGUAACAACUGCACUCACGCUUGGCUUGGCUCGACUGUGGGCAAAGAUGUUACGCUGCGCCGAGGUGGCGGGAAGUUAUCGUGCGUGAGGGGAUCGCCCUCGCUACACCGCCACCUCCCCCCUUCUCCCUCCCCACGUCCCUCAGCCGCCGACACGGAGCGGCCAUCUUCAGUGGCGUGAGGCGGCCGCGCCGUGAGGGAGCCCCGCUGAGCGAGGGUGGUGAGAUGAGCCUCUCGCCUCCGCUCGGCGAUUCAUUCGACGACGACGACGAGGAGGAGGACGAGGAGAGCCGAGAGACGCCGCUCCGCCACAGGUCUGACAUGGCGAUGUGCGUAUUGUGACAUAAAACAACAACAACUGGAAAGGACUGGUCAACAACCCAACUCGCAAGCUCAAGAAAAACCCAGCCCCAGGUUCAUCACCGCAGAGGAGAGGGCAGGGCUCAGGAGGCUGUCUACGACCGGAGGAUGAACCAUCAGAGGGCCGAGAGACCGAAGCGUAACAGAAUACAGAAGCAACGGGACUACAACAAUGGCAUCCCAUGGUGGGAGGAGCGCUAUGUACAGAGGGCCCUGCACCUCUCUCUGAAGGACCACAGGGCCUCCAAGAAGCCAUCGGCGAGCCCGGCGGUCGCUGACAUUGGUGGCAGCUGUGCCGAUGACGAUGGCAUUGGUGGUGCUUUGGACGUGAAGUUGUCAAGAGCGGCGGUGCUGCAGCGGCAGGAUGUGUUUUCCCAUGCGGACUCGGAGGAGACUGUGGACAGAGCGAGGCCCGUCGGCGCCCUGGCUGCUGUCACCUGGCCACGCAUGCAGGCCCAACGCAAGUUCGCUCAGAUCUACCCGCCGGGCUGCCCGGGCUCGCCGACGUCCCCCGCCGGCUCCAUGGGGCUGGCAGGCCGCUGCGUUGACGCGUUCGAGAGGUCCUCUCCGUUGCCGUUCGGCUUCGGGCAGCAGCAGCAGCCACCAUUCCUCCUGGGUCCGUGUCCCCGUUCGUACCCGGGGUCCGUUCGCGCCCCCUACCCUGGCGCGGUGCAGGGGCGGAUGCGAGACCUGUGCAAGAAAACACCCAAGACGGAGGACUUCCUCACGUACCUCUGCCUCCGAGGUUCCUCCGCGCUGCCGAGUUCCCUGCGCUACUACGGCAUGACCCCGGAGAGCAGCCGUCCGCGACGGGAGACGCAAGGCAACGUGGCGACACGGCCCAGCAAGGGUCCUUCGCCCGAGAAAAUCGUUCCCGUCGCCGUGCCGCCAACACAGCCUCCACCGCCGCCGCCACCACCACCACCACCAACUCCGCCACCGACGCCUAGCCCAAAGAAACCGCCAAGGAGCCCACCCAGCAGAAAUGCGAUCCCAUUGCUCGCAGACAUCAAAAAGGAGCUUAUCUGGCCGGAGGAAGGCAUUCUCGGCGAGAAGCGGCGAAGCGCACGCAAGAAGGGCAGCGCCGAGCCAGGCGGCGGCGGCGGAGGUGGUGGCGGCGGUGGCGGCGGUGGCAGCGACACGGGGCCAACAGCUGAGCCUCCAAGGCCCGAACGGGCUGGGCGAGUCGCGGCCAGCGGGAGUGGCGCGUGGAACGGCGGCGGGGAGCGCCAGCGCGGCCCGGACUGGCGCGGGGAUGCCGGGUGGAACGGCCGUGGGCCCGAGGAGGGCGAGGGCGACGCGGGGAGGGGCGACGGCAGCCACGUGGAGGAGGCUCCUGCUGUGGCCAACAGGGACGCCGGCUACAGACCGGCCGCCAAGAUGUCCGCCUCCAAGUCGGCGGUGCCAGCGCAGUACCCGCAGACGAGCCAGGGCCCCGCGCAGAGGGAGUCUCGCGGCUCUCGUCGCUCGGCCCGCCACGCCUCCCGCCACGCCGCCGCCCUCAACGCCCUCGCCGCCGGCAGCCCGGCCGGCGCGCCCGAAGCCGCCGUAGCCGCCGACGAUGGCGGCGUCUCCCGGGGUCGCUCCAGGGCGGCGCGGCGCCGGCUGCGCUCUCUCGAGCCGGACUCUGAUCCGGGGCCCCCGCGCGAAAUGAUGCGGAGGAGACACGCGCUUCCCGUUGAGUCUCCGAGGACGAGGGAGGAGCUCCGCAACGGUCUGGCUCGGCUGCACCGCUGUCACGGUGGCGGCGGCGGUAGCGACACGGAUGCCGAAGAAGCAAACGGAACCCGCAUGACGCGCAGGCAGAGAGCGGCGGAGGUUAGAGGGAGGGCAUCCGGAGAUUCGGCAAAGGCCGGCGCUGUUUUGAACCAACAGCAGCAGCAGCAAAAGAAGCGUCCGCAGCAGUCGGCGCUGCCCGACAAGAAGAGGAAGCUGGAGGAAAUGGCGAACUCUGUCUUCCAGGUGGAAGGGAAGAAACAGCCGGCACCACCAAGGCAGAAGACUGGCGUCGUUUCUCCACCACGGGCCUCGCCCCGCGAAGCUGUGCAGUCGGCAAUCACCGUCGAGCUCGCCGGAGAAUUUAUUCCCAGCUCAGGCGGCAACGAAGAAGAACGAGAAAAGAGUGUGGAGCCCUCGGUUACCAGCGAGGUUCCGACAGACGAUCCUGCCGCUGGCCGAGAGAACGACCGCAAGACCCGACGGAGGCGCAGGAGGGCAAGCGUCGAGCGAGCCGUCUCCACCGCAAGCGAUGGCGACGGUGAAAGCUCACGGGCCUGCGCCGCGCCACCCGAUCCGGCCCCAUCCCAGCCCUCGGCCGACUCUGCGAAGCACGACGACGAGCAGCGGGGGACGAGGGGUCCUCCUCCGGUCGCUCCCAGUGCCAUUGUUCUCCCGGCAUGUGCGAGACCGGCGCAGAGGCCCCGGCGCGCCUGCAGUGCUCCUGACGCUGACCCCGGCCGCCAGCAGCAGCAACAGCCACCGCUGACGCUUCGCUCGCAUGGCAAGCGUCUCCGCAGCAACAGCAAUCUUGCCAGUGGGGACGAGACUGAGACCGAUGAGCGACCGGCGGCCCCUCGGGCCGCGCCCGCUCCCACGCCCGUGUCGCCCACGCUGGCGUCGGCGUCGGCAUCGGCCGCGCCCUCGUUCCUGGCGCAGGCUCUGCCGGAGGUGCCGGUGCUGUACCCGACAGCGCGGGAGUUCCUGGACCCAUUGGCGUACGUGGAGGGCAUACGGUCGCGGGCGGAGGUGGAGGAGACGGGCGCUUGCCGCGUAGCGCCGCCCACUUGCUGGAGGCCCGAGUGCCGGCUCAGCGACGACAUGCGCUUCGUGACGCGCGUGCAGCACGUGCACAAGCUGGGCCGGCGCUGGGGCCCCAACGAGAUGCGGCUGGCGUGCAUCCGCAAGCACCUGUUGCGCCAGGGCAUCGCGCUGGAGGAGCUACCGCUCAUCGGCGGCUGCGAGCUGGACCUGGCCUCGCUGUCGGUGCUGAUGGAGUCUCUGGGCGGGAUGCAGCAGUUGCGCGACGCUCGCGCGUGGCAGCGCUUGGCGGACGCGCUGCGAGUUCCGCGCGCCGCCCAGGACCGCCUGGCACGGCUGCAGGAGGCGUACUGCCGCUAUCUACUCGCGUUUGAGGGCCUGCCAGAUGGUGAGCGACGCGGUCUGGAGCGGGAGGUGCUGGCGGAGCGCGAGCGGAUCGAGGCGCGCGGGGGGGCUCUGGAGGGACAGCAGGGCCAGGGAGACAUCCCUGAGGGGCUCGGGCUCGGAGCUAGCUUCAAACCGUGGAACAGACUCACGAGCCGCGUGCGGAACGGAGUGUCCUCCAAUGGGAUGUCUCCACUGCCAAGCGACGGGGAGGAUGGGGAGGGUGUGACGAACCCCCCCAAAGAGACGCACAGGGACAGCGGAGUGCUCAAGGACGUGCACAAGUGGUGCUUCAAGGGAAAGUCGGUAUCGCUGACGGCGUUUUACCGAGCGGCGCGGAACCUGCUGAGCACUCACUGCAGCAAGGAGCCGUCGGCGUCGCUCAUCGAGCAAAAGUACUGGGAGAUCGUUCAGAACCAGGACAUGCACGUGUCCGUGCACUGCGGCAAAGUCGACACAAACUUCGUGUCCAGCGGCUUCCCAAUCGGCCGCUCCGAGCCCUUCUCAAGGCACAGCUGGAACCUGACAAUGCUGCCCAGCAACCCCGGCUCCGUGCUGCGACACCUGGGAGCUCUGUCCGGGGUCACGGUGCCAUGGCUGAACGUGGGGAUGGUGUUCUCUACGUGGGUGUGGGCCCGCGACCCGCACUACCUGCCCUCCAUCGACUACCUGCACACGGGCGCCGACAAAAUCUGGUACUGCAUCCCAGCCAGCCAGAAGGAUAAACUGGAGAAGGUGGUCCACUCCCUACUGCAGGCGAAUGGCAAGUCUGGCUUGGAGAUGCUGCAAAACAGCAUGGUGUCCCCGGAGGUGCUGAGCCACGCCGGCGUGUCCGUGUACCGCACCGUGCAGCGCAGCGGGCAGUUUGUGGUCACCUUCCCGGGGUCCUUCACCUCGUCCGUGUCGUGCGGCUACUCGGUGUCCGAGACAAUCACGUUCGCCCCCGCUGACUGGCUGCCCCUCGGCUGCCGGGCCGCUGAGGAGGUGAAGCGGCGGUGCAUCCCCAACAUGUUCCCCAUGGACAAGCUGCUCUACCUGACGGCCGUGGGCGAGCUGGAGAAGGGCAACGCGGCGGCGCUGGCCCACGUGGGGCCCCUGCUGGGCCAGCUGAGAGACCGGGAGUUGAACCUGCGGCGGAGGCUGCACGUGCGGGGCCUGCGCUCGUGGGCGCGCUACGGCUGCCAGGACGCGCACCAUCCCGGCGUGGCCGAGGUGCGCAAGCGGCCGCGCAAGUGGCUUCCCAUCGAGUCGGCGGAGCGGCGCUGCCUCACCUGCCGCCAGCUCUGCUACCUCUCCAUGGUGGUGGAGGAGAGCGAGAACGUGGUCUUCUGUCUGCACUGCGCGCUGGCACGCACGGAGGAGCAGGGCUCCUGCCGACGUCUCAAGCUCAUGUACCGCUACGACCAGGAGCAAAUGGACUCGCUUGUCGACCGGGUGAACGCCGCGAUCGCUCUCAGCCUCGGCGCCGGCCUCGCCUUGCCAGGGACUCACCGCAGCCCAGUCCCCUUGGUGUCCACCACCGCCACCACCGCCACCACUCCUCCUCCCCCUCGCCGCACCGCCAACUCUACCCGCCGCCACCCGGCCUCUGAGCCGGCCAGUCCCACCAAUGCCACCGCCGCCGCCGAUACCGCCGAUACCGCCACCACAGUUGCCACCGCCGAUGCCACCGCCGCCUUCGCCGGCUCGGCAUACGAUGGAGCCGACGGUCGGCUUUCCUCUACGUCGCGGCGCAGGCGAGGGGCCGAGCCGCGUGGGGGGGCGGCGACGGCGGCGGCCGCGGAGGACGGGGCCUACGGCCGGCAGGGACAGCGGCAGGUGCGGCGUGCGGCGCUGGGGCCGUACGGCGCGCGCCAACGGGGGGAGGCGUCCGGCCCGGCGAGGCCGCGCCCGUAAGGGAUGCCGCGUGGGGUCCGCUCGGGAGGUUUAGCGGCGAUCGUUGCUUGGCGGUCGUCACCUGCAAUGCGGUUUAAACCGGGAGCGAAAGCGGCACCCUUGGUACGGCAGUGGCGUAGAGCAGCGAUUCCCAACCUUUCAUUUGUCCGUGUACCCUGACCGUACCUAUCACCUUUCCAUGUACCCUUUCAGCAUAUAGGUUUUAUAUUCAAUGACAUAGUUGAAUAAAAUACAACGUAAUAAUGACAUGUAUUACAAAUAUAUAUAAUUAUCACCGAAGACGUUUAGUGAACACUUAGUAACUUUAGAAUAUAACUAAAUAUUUACAAUUUAAUAUUUACCCUUUAAUAGAAAAACAAUUUUUAAACUCUACUGUGCAAUGUCUAGCCGAGUCACUAUGAAGCAGAGGAGACUGGCUGAGGUUCACUGGGCAUGGAAUGUUUAAGAUAUUUUUUUGACGGUCUUGAAGAUUGUUUUAUUUAUUUGGAAACUUAUAAAAUAAUGUGAAAAACGAGAGGAAUCAGGAAUCCUCCUCCCCCCCCCCCCCCCCCCUCAGCAGUGCGCAUGGACGAUGGAGGCAUCCAAUCGCACGGAUUCGCAAAAUGAAACAAACGGAUAAGCGUGUGUCGCAAGCACACACGCACGCAGAGCCAGCGCUGCUUCGUGACCUCGCUUCAACCCUACUCCAGUACGCGAUUUGUCUCGCGUACCCCUCAGAUAUGCCGCGCGUACCCCGACGGGUACUCGUGUUCUGUGCCGCAGGUUGGGAACCGUUCGUGUAGAGUGAAGGAGAUCUGUUUUGAAGAGCUGCCAUUGGUCAACAUAGCACAGGACGGUCACGUGGGCCGUCUGCCUGUGAUCUGAUUGGCAGUUGCCCUCAUUUGCCCACUAGGGAGGGCGAUGGUCAGAUCUGCCUGGAAUUACAAUAGAAACCUUACAAACACUCCUCACAUUUGUCAAUAACACUGCCGUAAAGAGGAAACGUACAAUAGGAAACAUUUCAGGCAAUGGCGCGGCAACAUUUGCCAGUGCCGGUUUUCGUCGGCAACGUUCGUUCUCAAUUGGCCUUUGUGGAUUCAUUGCCUUGCAGUGUGCGUCCACGUGUCAUCCCCAUGUGGUUUCUUUUUUUUUCUCGUGUGGAAAUCCCAUUUUGCGGUUUUACUCUGGAACACAAACUUCAGGGAUGGCUGUGAGGGGUGGGCCCAGGACCUCGUUCGUGCGCUGGAACGAUAUUUGGAGGAAAACGGUCAAAUCGGUAAAAUGUAGCGACCAUUUGACGCUGGGUUCUUUUUUUGCCAAACAUUGGCAGCAAUGUUUUACCGGCGCAUGAAUUGGGGCCGAAAUGAAUUUUUGUUCCCCCCCCCCCCCCCCCUGCAACAAUUUUUUGUACCGUGUUGUAAUAUUUUUUUUACCUGUGAGUGUGUACAUAUUUUUGAAUUGGACUGUAGUACGUUUUUUCGUUGUUAUAAAGUGAAACAGGUCACACAAGGGGGAACGCAGAGUGUUUUGCUCAUGCGAAAAAAAACCCCAGAAUUUAUAGUUUUUUUUUUAAGUGAUGCCACCUCGCGUUUUAGAGGGGCAUUUAAGUUCGUGGUCUUUUACUGAAUUUCUACUGUUUUUAUCAGAAAUCCUCGGCAGACUGUGACACUGGUGUUGCGCUGCUGACAGCAGCCCACCCAUUCCGACAGGUUUUAAAUGUGCUGCUCGCGUAAAACCUUUCUCCAUUCCAAAAUUUAGUAUUUUAUUUGAAUCCGAUUGCCGAUUUUAAACGCUAAAAGUUUAAUGCAUCGUUGCUCUCGUUUGCGUUGCCUUGACCGCACGACCGAUUUUAAAACAGUGAAGUGAUGAGAGAAAGAGAAAAGAGCAGUGUUGAGUGACUGUCUGACAGUAAGCCAGUACAUGACCUGUGUACGUGAUUCCCAAGGGUUGAACUUGCUGUGGAAUGGAUAGAGGGGAUAAGGUGAAGUUGGUGGGCUGUGGAGUUGCUUGGGAUGCGGUCGUUUAUUAAUGUGAAAAAUUUAAGGGGGUCGAUGCUCAUGUUGAAAGGAUUUGCACUAGCGAGGAACUUAAUUUACUGUAUGGAGAUAAAGCAGCGAAAGAAAGGAAGUGAUGCUUGUGUAAAAUGAACAUGUCCGGAAGCUGGUAUUUGUGUAAAAGCCCGAGGCGUGAUUCAUAUGUUGGUGGACAUGCAUUGUCCACCGAUAUUUGACGGAGAAAUGGUCACGUCGCUGCUAUUUCACGAUCGUCCAUUUCCCUCCCGGCUGAAUUUCGGCGUAAUUCGGUUUCACCCAACACACGUGGAGCCAGGUGCUCUGUCUCGAGCGGAAGUGGUCGACAAAGUUUCUCCUUAAAUGUGAUCUUUAUCAAGUAUGGGCACCCUUACGGGUAAAUCUCGCUCUUUCAGAUCAUCGAAGUGACAUUCUGCCCAGUGGGGAACUUUAGCCCCAGAUCCUUAAAGACGUCUGCACAAGUUCUCGGAAUGUGAAAUUGUCAAAGGAAGAGCUGCUGAACGUCGGAAGUGAGUUCAAGUUUUAGCUUAAGUGCUUAAUUGUUUAUGGAAAGAUGUUUACUCCAUCCCAAAGAAUGAGUGAAAGGCAAAAGCUGAGGUCUGUUCAUUCGCGUUGGAAUAAAAGAGUAAACUUAUUGUUUUACUAUCGAUAUCAACGAUGGUGAUGGUGUGCCCACCUGCAGAGUGUUAAAAGUACCCCGUGAACGAAAUCGUGAGCUCCUUAUUUUAAGAAUAUUUCUGGGAGGCACAAAAACUUGAUUGUGGCAACGGGCGACCCGUGACGGUGCGUCGACGCGACCACUCGGCGACUCCAGAGGAGUUCAGUCCGCGUAGGCAACGUGGUCUGUUGCGUGUUUUACAAACUCCCAACGAGAACAGCUAGCUCCCCCGCCUCUCCCACACUGAGCGCAGGUUGGAGUUGAGUUCCCGGGGAGAGAGUAAAAAAGAAAACACGUGGCGGAUCCAAACUGCCUGGCUGGGCUGACCGACCUGGGUUGCCUGCGACGCACUCCGUCGAGAGCGGCGCCGGUUGUAAGUGUUCAGUGCAAUGAGUUUGCAAUGGCCUUGCUGUUGUGGAAUGUAAAUAAUUGUUAUUGAUACAAUCAUCUUCGCGUUAACAAACAAAAAAAAACGGAAUUCAUGGCUUAAAAGGAAAGAAAUGGAUUGUGUGCCCGUUAUCGAGCGUUGUGGUUUUUUUUUCCCCUUGUGUCGUCAUCGUGAGCUCGCGAAUUUCAAUCGAGUGGCAAUUUGUGCGGCGGUGUCGGUAUGCAGUGAUUGGUGCUAAAUGUCGCGCUUCAUCCCCUCCCACCCCCCAGAAAAGCUUUAUUUUUUUGUGCUGUGCCCGGCGCGGUGGGUGGCACAGCGCUCUCCUGCCGUCGCGAUUGUGCUGUGUGUGGCUUCUGCAGAUCCUGCUUGAACGUUUACCCGUAAUCGAUGAGGGGAUGGGCUUGGUAUCCCUCGUGCGAAUCACUGCUGCUCUGUGAAAUCCUGCCACAGAGAAUUGAUAUCUCUAUCUGUAACCCUAAAAUCAUAACCCACGACCAUAACCGUGACUCCAUAUGCAUUUUGCCUUGUGGGUUUUUUUUCAUGGCACAUCCAUUCCAAUGCUCUGUAGGGAGAAAAACCAAGUCUGACUGGAGGCAGAAAUAUAAAAGUAACAAUAAACUCGUGCAGGGAAUCGAUGAAUCGUCACAUUCCGCAUCACGGUUCAAGUAAAGAAUCGAUCUUUUUUUUAUAUAUAUUAACAUUUUUUUUGCCUCUUUUGUACAGGUAUGUGCACCGUUCAGUUGAAACGGUAUAUAAUUUGCACAGAUUGAUAAUACUGUAUAUUUCUCGUGCGUACAGUUUGACAUGCGUAUCUGGUGUGCAGUGGUCGGUUUUAAUCAAUGCACCUUUACGUGCCGUAUGGAGCAGCGGUGCACCACCAACCACAUUGGGUGUCUCUUCUGCCCUGAAUCUUGUCUUGCCGAACCGAGGCAGCAUUGUCCUGCGACAGUCUCUUGGAAUCGCCUUCCUGCACAACAUAAAGCCGUCGUCGGAUCGAUUGAGCCCGGUACUUAACCCAUUCCAGUCGCUCGCUGGCGGUUAGCAACCUCAUUGUCACUCUUCUAUCAACACUCGUCUGGUUGCUGUCAACGUGAACGUCACCGAUUGAUUCCUCCACCCAUGUUUAGCACUCCGUCUACCUCUGACUUGUCUCGUCCCUGCCGUGUUCAAACAACAGACUGCAGGUCGCGUCUUAACUCCCGUUGUCUCUUCCCAAGUUCUUACGUUUGUCAAUUCCAGAAAUGUAGCGACUCCGUCGUGGCGUUUGUUGCUUUGUUUUUUGGCCUUGUGCCCAGUGAACAUUAAACAAAUGUAGUUAACCAUU